GUCGGGCUUUGAGGCCGGGAGUCUGCACCGGGGAGAGGAGGUCCGGCCGCCUCAGGCCUUUCUCGCUCUCCUGAGAGAAAAGAGCCUUCCUCGCCCGCUGCCACCCGCGGUUAGAGGCAGGAGCCGGGCUUAGGUAGAGGGGGCCAGGGCUGUCUGAACGGAAGAUGGGUGGGGGGAUCCGGAUACCCAUGGGUCACGGCCCGGGCGUCCGACUGGCGAUCGGAAUUCGCCAUCUGCCUUUGUAGCCGCCAAAGUCCUUGGCAGCCCCUCCCCAGAUGGCAACCCGUGUGUCACCGGAUUUGGGGAGGCGGGGGGCCCGCCCCGCACCUGCCCAUUCAUUCUUUCCGCGUCUGCAGUGAGCCCGGCCGCGGUGAAAACUUAAAUGGACCAAAUGUGCUUUAUCACCAUGGAGAUCCUGGAGAAUCACCUGAGCACCAGGGCCACGUGUAUUCUCUCUGGGAGGUGUCUACUGGACAACAGACCCUUUCAGAUGUGAACUUUAAUAAAGGUGGAUUCUUAUCUACUGGACCACCGGGAAGUCCAAGAAAGACAUUUGAAAUCAUUAUGGAGAGAGGGAACAAUACAUCCUGCUCAACUGUGCAAACUCUCCAGGUACUACAGUGAGAAGCAGUGAGGAACCAUAAUGAAGCUUCCAGUGUGAAUGAGGCCUGGAGAGGCUCACACUCGGGUUCACUUUCUCACCUGUGCACAGGCCCGCACAUCGACCCUCACUUCUCCGAAGACCAGCCUGAAAACCUUCAAACCCAUCAGAUGAUGGAUGAGUCAGAUGAUGACUUUCAGGAACUCUGUGCCAGCUUUUUCCAAAGGGUGAAAAAGAAUGGCCCCAAGGAAGUGUCAAAGGAAAAGAAGACACAAAAGGCCUCCAACAGCACCCAGAUAAGAAGCAAACCAAAAAGGACCAAACCAACUGCUUCUAAGAGCAAAACCCCGCAAGGCCCCACUGAGAGGAAAACUUGCCCUGGCAGCCAGGUCCCGCGGACUCAAAAGCACAGGGCACCCAAGAGGCCAGAGACUGAACCAGCUCCCCCUGAAAACACCGAGGGAGGUGUACACACUUCUGCUGUACUCCAGGAUAGCGCAUGGAGCACCCAGACAGAGGCCACCACGGACAGCCUCUCGCAGCCCCCUCCUUCCUGUCUGACUGCAACGGCGCCAAGUCCCUCCAAACCCAGGGCAGCAGAGCUGGUGCUCCAGCGAAUGCAGCAGUUCAAGAGAGCAGACCCCGAGCGCUUAAAACAUGCUUCCGAAGGCUGCUCGCUCGAGGCUGCACCUGAAGAAAAUGUCCCAAAGGGCCCUCAAGAUGUGAUGGCGGUGAACGGGCACAUCCCGCAUGAGUGCCAAGGGUCUGCUCCAGCAACAUCAGGGUGUGGACCCGGGCUCCCCGCCACAGAAAGCGACACUGCAGUGGCCUUGGCCCUCCAGCAGGAGCUUGGGCAGGAACAGGCGUCCGCACCCAACGACAGCCUGGAGGAGACGGGGUUGUUCUUUUGCCAGAUCUGUCAGAAGAACCUCUCAGCCAUGAACGUGACACGGAGGCAGCAGCAUGUGAACCGGUGCUUGGAUGAGGCUGAAAAGGCACUGAGAUUCCCCACGCCUCAGAUCCCUGAGUGCCCCCUCUGUGGCAAGCCAUUUCUCACCCUGAAGAGCAGAAUCAGUCACCUGAAACAGUGUGCGGUGAAAAUGGAGGUCGGCCCGCAGCUCCUGCUCCAGGCUGUGCGCCUGCAGGGGGCUCAGCCCGCAGGCACCUCAGGCACUCCAGCACCCAGCCUCAGCGAUGGAGCUGGCUGUCUGAAGCGGAAGGGAGCCACCACCAAGAAGGAGCCACGGAAGAGGCGGAAGGUCCCUGAGCCCGAGGCGCCCUCCGAGGACCUGUUGGUAGCCAUGGCUCUGUCGCGCUCAGAGACGGAGCAGCAGGCGGUGCCGGCCGCGCUCAGGCUGGGGAACGCUUUUGCAGAGAGGACGAGGCUAGGAGCAGAGAAGAAGACCCACAAGAAGAAAGCCCCCACGUCCCCCCCACAACUGUUAGUCCAGGAUGCGGAGACCACGGGCCGGCAGAUACAGGACCGCCUGGCCCAGCUCCUGUCGGAGGAGGUGGAGCCGUCUAGCACGCCGCCACUCCCCACCAGCAGGAUUCUAGAGGAAGAGCUGGCCAGGGGCAGCCGGGCCCUGCGACCCCCCAGGGGGGCACAGAACCUGCUGUGGGAGGCCAGUGCCCUCACCGGGGCUAGGGCCCUGGAGUCCUUCUACACGGCCAGCCUGGUGCCUCCUCUGGUGCCCCAAUGGCCUGCCAAGGGUCUCACACAGGAGCCCAUGCGGCUGCCACAGCCACCCAAGCUGCCAGAACUGAGUGUGGGAGCACCCGCUUCUGCCCCUGGCACCCACCCCGUGAGCCACAGCCUCCGGAGCCCAGCACCCUCCGCCAGCCAGAGGGAGCGCCAAGCCCUGCAGGAUCUGCUGGAGCUGGCGGGAGAGGGGUUGCCUGCCAGCCCAUGCAGCAGGGACCUGGCCAGCUCAGGGGGGGCUGCAGGGAUGGACUUGUCGCUCGGUGGCCUUCCACUGACUGGGUUUGUCCUGCCAGCCAAGGAGAAGUACCCGGAGGAGGGCGGCCAGGCUUCGCUCGCCCUUGGUCUGCUGGUGGCCGACUUCAGUGCCAUGGUCAACAACCCUCACCUGAGUGACGUCCAGUUUCAGACAGACAGUGGGGAGGUGCUCUAUGCCCACAAGUUUGUGCUCUAUGCCCGAUGCCCACUUCUCAUGCAGCAUGUAAACAGUGAAGCCUUCCUGGCCGAAGAGGAUGGUGACUUGAGGCGCCAGCGCGUGCUGCUGCGUGACGUCAGCACCGAGGCUGCCCAGGCAUUCCUGCAUUACCUCUAUGCUGCUGACACCAUCCUGACUCCCCAGCUGGCCCCUGACCUGCGCUCUCUGGCCCAGAGGUUUGGGGUGAGUGAGCUUGUUCACCUGUGCGAACAAGUGCCCUUUGUGAUGGAUGCAGAAGGUGGACAGGCAAAGGAGCAGGAAGACGACGCUGACGGCAGAGUGGAGACUUUCCGAGAGCUCCUGCACCUUGUGUGGCUGGGUGAGGAGGAGGGAGCAGAGGCCCUGCUGAAGCCGGAGGGCCGCGAAGAAGACAGAGAAAAGGUCAACGAGGAGGAGAUGGAAGAAAUUUAUGAAUUCGCAGCUACUCAGCGAAAGCUGCUCCAGGGGGAGAAAGCUCCAGAGCCAGAGGAAGAAGCUGACCUGCUCGGGGAGGAUGGUCCAGUUUCGGGGGAAAUCCUCACAAGUGAACAGGAUAAAGAACAGCCAGAAAAUGCAGAGCAGGUGGAAUCAUCUGGGCCAGGAAGAGAUGAGACCCCAGCCAAAUGGGGAAACACAAGACAGUCCACACUUCUGCCCCCCAGAGACCAGGCUUUGAACAGGGGAGAGAGAGCAGAGGCCCCAGAGGGAGCACUGGCUCCUCCCUGCUCCUCCAGCCCCGCCCAGGGCCGGCCAGAGAGGCAGGAAAGCGCCCCUCUGUGCUCAGCUGAUGAUGAUAAUGUUCAACAGCCUUUUUCAUCACCUCAAGCUGGAUACUCUGAACUCUCCCGGGUGACGAGCGAUUGGGAAGAAGGAAACAGGACCAUCCAAGAAAGGGAGGUAGAGGGGUUCCAUCCCCCUGCACACCAGCAGGCACCCCCCUCACGCUCAUGCUUCCCGCCGCAGCCCCAUCAAGGCCAGAGUCCUCGCCAGCCACGUCCUCACACUCGUCGCCCCAGUGACCUGUCCCCACCAAUACUCCAGUUGCAGGGCACAGCUUCCAGCAUGGCCUCCCAGAACUUAUCACUGAAGCCAAAGAAAGCCAGGCGCCUUCCCUCGUCACGUGAGGACCCAGGCCAGAAAGACAAGGAGAGUAGCUCCGCACUGGAAUGCAGAGGUAAAGGGGUCCUGAUCUUCCCAGAAAAAUCCCCACCCAUGGAUCUAACCCGGUCAGGACCUGGCCGCCGGAGCUCCAGGCCUGAGACCUCUCCCCGCAGCAUGAACAGGGAAGACGAGGUGAUCCUGUUACUGGAUUCAGAUGAAGAGCUGGAGCUGGAGCAAACCAAAGCAAAGUCAUUUCUGAACAGUCCCUUAGAAGACAAGAAAGUUCUGGAAGUCAGCGCCAAGUCCUCUGAACUGUUUUCCAUCAUUGACCUCGACGCGGAGCAGGAGCCUCCCCAAAGCCCACCAGGAAGCCAGGCCCUGCUGCCGCGGGAGGUGGAGGGGCGGCUAGGGGCCAGCACCGACGACAGCACCACGGACACCUCGUGGCUCGUGCCCGCCACCCCGCUGGCCGGCGGGAGCUGCGACUGCUCCUCGCAGACCCAGAUCACAGGCCUCGGGGCCAGGCCACCAGCAGACCCGCUGGCUCUGCCCAAGCCCAGGGCCCUGUUAGAGAACAGGGACGAACCCGAAGCCACGAGUAAGUUUUCGGUCAUCAUACCCCAGACGUCGUCCCCACACCUGGGACCCGCCCCUUCUGGAGGCUCUGACGGGAGAAGGCAGGCCUGCAGCAGCCCAUCCAGCCCCCGCCGCAGACUCCUCCCACGUGCUUCUCCUCUGGCUCCCCGGCCCAUCUUAGGAGGCCUCGCCGACCUCCCCAGGCAGCUCCCGAAGUGCCUGCCUCCUGCGCGGAGCCCGGCGGCUCAGGCUCCCGUGAGUGAAGUGGUGGAGGUGGAGGACAGUGAGGACGAGCAGGAGGCAGCCUCCCAACAGGCAAGCAGCAGCCCCCUGCUGGACGGUGACCCCCCGCUUCCAGCCGAGGACUGGUGCUGGCACAUGGAGCCCCUCUCACCGAUCCCCAUUGAUCACCUGAACCUCGAGCGGACAGGCCCCUUGAGCACCAGCAGCCCCAGCAGCAGGGCAGAGGGUGCCCCAGACAGCAGAGACUGCCACUCCCCGGCACUGCCGGGCACCACCCCAAUCCGAGGGAGCUACACUAGCCGGAGGAAGUCUCAAGAGAAGUCCUCUGGGGCUGGCUCCCCUGGGAGCCACCGGCAGAGCUUUCUGAACUCAGCUCUGUGGGAUGACUGGAACGAAGAAGAUCAGAGGUCCUCAGAGGCAGCUCCUCUGCCCCAGACGCCGCGCACAGAUGGAGCCCAGAGGUCACACAAGUUACAGACGCCAGAAGGUGCUGAUCCGAAGAAGAACUUGCCCCCGAAAGUGCCCAUAACCCCAAUGCCAAGGUACUCCAUCAUGGAGACUCCAGUGCUGAAGAAAGAGCUGGACAGGUUUGGGGUCCGCCCUCUGCCCAAACGCCAGAUGGUCCUGAAACUGAAGGAGAUAUUCCAGUACACUCAUCAGACGCUGGAGUCAGACUCCGAGAAUGAGGGCCAGUCCUCACAGCUGCCCUUGGAGGCUCCCUGCAGCCAGACCUACACCACCCAGACCGCUAAGGCUUCAAGGGCAGCUGGCCACACCCAGCUGGAGGCCCCUCCUGGCCGCGUUCCCCAGAGGUCCAAGGGACUUGCCAAGACCAAGGGCCCCCAACAUCACAAGCAGCAGCCUGGUGGCAGCAUCUCUGCCCUGAGCAUAUCACCAGCCAAGGAGGAGCCUUUGGACCCUGGUGGGGACGCCCAGCUCCCGGCCUCGCAGGAGUCCACGGCCACAUCUGUGGACAGCGGGGACAGCUGCUGCAGCUCGCAGAGCUCAUCCUGUGAGUUUGGAGCGGCCUUGGAGUCUGUGGGAGAAGAGGAGGCAGGUGAGGAGGUGGUCAGUGCCUCACAGGCGGCCGUCCAGGCAGUGGCCACAGAGGAGGCCGUGCGGCGCUAUAUCCGCUCCCAGCCGGCCCUCUACCGCAAGGUCCUGCUGUACCAGCCCGUCGAGCUGGCGGAGCUGCAGGCUGAGCUGAAGCAGCAAGGCAUCCACGUGGCCUCGGGGAAGCUGCUGGACUUCCUGGACACCCAGUGCAUCACCUUCACCACGGCCGCCACCCGCAAAGAGAAGCUUGGGAGGAAGAGGCGGCAGCCAGCGGGCAAGAAGAGGGGCAGAGCCCGCAGGCCCGCCCCUCACUCCCCAGUCCCAGCCGUUAGCAGCCUGUGAGAGCCUGUGGCCCCUGUCCAUCCACAGGCCAGGCCCCCGCGGUGCUUCCGGGUCUUCUGACCACACUCUCCCCCUACGAGUGACUGUCCUGGAACAGCCUGCUUUCAAUAUCCUGGAGUGUCCUCAGAGUGGUCUGCUGGAUUUAGGCCCCAGCCACCCCCCUCCAUUGGUGCCCACUGUUUUGUCUCCACGUGUGUCAGGAGGGGUGACGGGCCACUGCCAGCUGCCAGGGUGAGGCCUGAGUCGGGCGUGUCGUCCCCUCUGUCCACCAGUCACAGGUGUCCGUGUCCUGAGACAGGCGGCAGGUCUAGCCUGUCCCAGCUCUAUCUUCCUUCUCAGUACUCGGGCCUCCACCAGCAGACCGACUGUCCACAGGCUCCAGGUGCUCUGCUGGCCCAGCUGUCCUGCCCAGUCACCUGUCAUUGUCACCAGCAGCCUCCAAACCGAACAGUCCCGAAGGCCAGCACAGCGUGUAAGCCCCCAAAUAAACAGUUCUUUGUUACCUGGUUUUGCCAGUGCGUGUGGUAGCUGCGGAACACAGGUGAGGGCUGAAAAAGAAGAAAAGUUUGGUCUCUACGUCCUUGUGAAUGUCUCAUCUGUUUCAAGUACAGUGUGGUUGAUUUUAUAUGAUGUGCAAUAAAAAUAUAAAGGCUUUA